AUGUUGCAACCAGAUUCCUGUGCGUGUGGGAUGAACAAUUUAGAAUUGUUCCAAGUCCCCCCGACUAAUAUUGCUUUAGAAGACUCCAAAUGGGAAGAAUAUUACCCCAUUUCCAGUACUUUAGAUUCGGAUACGGCUCCUAUUGAAUUUGAAAUUAAUGGACAAGGAGAUCAAUAUCUGGAUUUAUCUCAAACGUAUGUUCAAAUAGUGUGUAAAUUUACCAAAGAGGAUGGGACUAAUCUGACUGGAGCUGGUAGUACUUGCGCCCCGGUGAAUAAUAUCUUCCAUUCUUUGUUUACGGAAAUCGAUCUCAGUGUCAAUGGAAAAAUAGUGACUCCGGGCACCGAUACUUAUCCUUACAAAGCUUAUCUGGAGAAAUUACUUUCUUACAAACCCAGAACUUUAAUGACCCAGAUGAGAGCUUGUAGUCUGUGGGAAAAAGAUACAGCAGGACACAUGGACGAAGUAGGGGUAGCAGACCUUGGAGUGGCUCAAAAUAAGACAUUUGAUGUAACCCCAGGUGCACAUGGUGCUGCCGAUACUGUGACCAUUAAUAAACCUAUCGUCCCAGAGUUACCGGCCAAUUCUAAAAACGAAGGAUUUAGAAAACGUCACCAGGCUAUCAAAGAUAGUAAGAAAAUAACCUUGUAUGAUCGUUUACAUCUGGAUUUAUUUCAACAAGACCGAUUUCUACCGAAUGGAGUAGAUAUCCGUUUGAGAUUUAAUCGAGCUAAACCUCAGUUCUAUAUGAUGAUCAAAGAUGGAAGUACGGGAAAAGUCAAAAUAUUGAGCAUGAUCUUGUGGGUGAGAAAAGUCAAACCCACGGCCGUCAUGAUGAAUGGUAUUAAUCAAAGUUUGAACACUUACAGAGCUAAAUAUCCAUUGAGAAGAGUCGAAGUGAAAACCUUUACCAUACUCACAGGAACUCAAUCUAAAAUCACAGAUCAUCUGUUUCAAGGCCAGAUGCCUAAACGCAUCAUUUUAGGUUUUGUGGACAAUGCGGCAUUUAACGGAGAUAAAACUAAAAAUCCGUUUCAUUUCCAAAACGUGGGAAUUAAGAAAUUAGAUGUCAGUAUCAACGGAGAGACCAUGAGUACUCGUUGUUUCGAACCUAAUUUCAAUGAAGAUUUAUAUCUGAGAUCUUAUCUGAGUUUAUAUCAAGCACUGGGAAAAUUAGGAGAAGAUUGGGCCCCGGACAUCACCCUAGAAGAGUAUAAAAACGGAUACACUUUAUGGGGCUGGGAUUUCACGAAAGAUCAAGAAGCGCAAUCGGAUAAAUUCCAUAUCAUAGAAACCGGAAAUCUGAGAGUAGAAGUCCAAUUUACCAACAAUACGGUGAACACCUUAAAUUGUGUGGUAUAUGCAGAAUUCGAUAAUCUGUUAGAAAUCAACAAACAGAGAGUAGUCAGUAUUGAUUAUUAA